GCAUCUUGAAAUAAUAACCAAUCAAUUGGAAUCCGACCGAUAAAGAUAAAACAGGCUCUACUUCAGAUUAUUUUAGACUUAACUUUCCAACAAUUGGAGACAAUUCCUUUUUAUCUUCCCUCUUUCUCAUAUCCAAACCCACACUCAUCUUCACAUCUACCCCACCAAUACACAAAAUCAAUCACCAAUAUGUUGGAGUUCUUCACGUACAAGAAGGUGAAGAAACAUCGAGAAGAAAAGGCAGAGAAGCAAAAAUUAAAGAAGGAGGACAAACAAAAUGAAAAAGGCAAGGAAAAGGAAAAUAACGGAAAGGAUAAAGUAACAGAAGAUGCUCCCAAACCUAGUGCCGAAGUCAGCCAUUCCGAGUCUAGCAGCUCUCCUGAGAUCGUAUUGGAGACUGCUGAGGGUACGCCCAUCCUCGAUAAAGAGGACGAAAAGUUCCUCGAACGACUUACAUCUCCGUCAGAUACCCACUUCGACGACGACGAUGAGACGCCACCGCCUCUACCACCCCGCAUUAAGACUCCUGUUAUCGAGCUAGACGAUAGUGACGCAUCUAGCUUCGCUAGUAGGGACGAGAUUAAGAGUAAUAAAGCGGAAGCCUCUUCUACGAAAGACGAUAGCAAAAGCAAGGAAAAAGAGAAAGGUAAAGACAAGGACAAGGACAAACACGACAGUGACAAAACCAAAGACAAACAAAAGCGUUUCUCCUUCGUGACGAACCUCUCGCGGGGUAUGUCGCUUAAGCGCAAGCCCGACCACAAACACCAUAAAGAUGGAAAAAACCAAGAUCAAGACAAAAACCACCUCUCCGUCCCCUCCGCCUCGACUGGUCUUGACUCCGAUGAAGCCCGCAAGGAGGAGGAAGAACUAGCGCAAGUACUCUCGGGCUUAGACCUCGUCGCAUCCGCCGAAGACGACGGUAAAUCCGACAAAAAGGACGGCAAAGAUGGCAAGAAAGGAAAAGAAUCCUUCUCCCUUUCUCGCGAAUCCGCUGAGACACUACGACGCUUCACGCAAGUUCUAAAGGAUCUUGCCAAUGGUGUACCGACCGCGUACCAGGACCUGAUGUCCCUUAUCGAGGACCGAGACGGCGCUCUGGCCAAGUCAUAUGAGAAGCUACCCCGUUCGUUACGCAAGCUCGUUGCCAAGCUUCCGGAUAAACUUACGUCGUCAUUGGCGCCUGAGUUACUAGCGGUAGCGGCCGAGGCGCAGGGUCUAGAGGCGGGCGAGGAAGCGACGAAGAAAUUGCUCAGCGCAGGGAAUUUGCUGGAGUUAGUCACGAAACCGGGUGCUGUGGCGGGGUUGCUUAAGGGUAUUGUGAAUGCUUUGAAGGUACGCUGGCCCGCGGCCAUGAUGGGCACCAAUAUGCUUUGGAGCGUGGCGGUGUUUUUGCUAUUGAGCGCUUUGUGGUAUUGUUAUAAGAGGGGCCGGGAGACGAGGUUAGAGAAGGAGGCCGCAGAUGCAGCUGCGGAUGGAGCGGCCGUGGUAGAGGUCGAGAUCGAAGAGGUGGACGAUGAGGGUAAAGGGAAGAAAGAUGAGGUUGAUGGAAGUACAAAACUCAUUGAGGCUCCAGAACAGAAUAAGUCGCAGCCGACGGUAUCUGUGUCUGGUCCUGAGGCUUCUGAGGGGAAGAAAUGAAUGAUACGGAAAGGAGAUUGAGAUGAAUGAACAAUAAGAGAAAAAAGUUAGAGGAAAAAGAAACCGAGUGAGGACUUGCGAUAGCUAUUUGGGGCGUUUCCACGGCACUUAUGAGGUAACGAUAUUGUUGAGGUACGACCGUGAUGGAUAAUUAUAACAAUGGCUAAUAAUGGUGAUACCCGGGUUACACGCGAGGAAUUGAUUGAUAGAAUGGAUUUCGUUUUCCAGCUGUGGUUUUUAGAUUUAGGAGAGCAUAUAAAAAUAAUGAUGGUAUAAAAUUAUACGACU